AUGUACGACGACGUGGAUACCUUCUUGGAUAUGGACGCUCCUUACAUCUACGACGAACCUGAACAAUAUCUGGAUACCGCCAGCUCAUCCGAGUCGACAAGUCCCGUCAUGUCAAGUUUUGACAUGACCCUCGUGAACGACUUCAAUGGCAUGGAUCAAGGCAUCUAUCCCAGUCCCAUGAGCUCGUCUCGCGACACAGCGUCACCGCAACCCACUCUAGACGAUAAGGCAGCCCCGGCCAAAGCCCCGGCCAAGAGGAAGCGCGAGAACCGUUACAAGAAUGCGCCGCCGUCGGUCCUUUCGCGUCGCCGGGCACAGAACAGGGCCUCACAACGGGCUUAUCGCGAGCGUAAGGACCAGCGCAUAAAGGACCUCGAGGUCAUGCUCUCCGAGCAGAAACAGAAAAACGAUUCCCUCAGCCAGGCCUACUCGUCCCUUCACGCCGAGUACCUCAAGCUUCGGGGCGAGCAGGCGAGGUCGCAACAGCUUCCGCGACAACACACCGCGCCGCCAAUGACUUACGACGCAUCCACCGCUGCCCACAUGGGGAUGCCCACGCACGCGGGAACGAUGAAUUUUGCCGACAACAUGUUCAUGUUUCAGGAUAUGCAGAAUUACACACUCUGA